GCAAAACAUGAAUUACACAAGACUAAGAUUCAGCUGCGACCUACCCCAAACUGAUGGCCAACUUGAAGUUCUAUUUAUGGUCACUUCCACCUACAGAUUCCAAAGUGUUCCGAAUUCCGAAAACCGGUUUUGGAUUGACACACUUGCACUUUCUUUCAAUUAGCCGUCAAAGACGCUCGUGUGCCUGCUGCUGUCUUUUCUUUUCUUUUUGGCGGUAACAAUUUCGGAUUUCUUCGAGACCCUAAUUAAUUGGUAUUUGAGGCAGGAACGGGGCGUGGGUGCCAAAGAGGUGCUGAGAGACCAGAGACCAGAGACCCGCAUGGAUAUGUAGGCAGAUCGCGUGAUGACUUGGGUGUUAGCUCCAUUAUUCUUAAGAGGCUGUCGUCUGUGGAGCCGCCUCAGUGCCGCUUGAGACUUCGUCGCGAUCGCGAUCAUGUGGUCUUGGCUGCUGUUUCUUCCUCUUCUGAAGGUUUCCUCAACGAAUGCCAUCUUCGAGCAGUGCAACCACCAGGUGAAGCUGCAAUCCGACCAGAAACUUCUCAUCAACUCGCCCUAUUACCCUGCUCUGUAUCCUGUGGGCACUUCCUGUCGUUACGCCGUGGAGGCUCCCAAGGAUCACCUGCUCCAAUUCAAGUGCGAGCUCCAACUUCGAACGCUUUCCACGGACUUGAAAUGCCGCACGGAGGUGUUUCACUUCAAUUCCGAGGGCGACGAGGUGUUAACAAGUUCCGAAUACUUUUGCGGCAGCGGAAAAUUCGAGCGCAAAAGUUUUCUCAAUCGUGCGGUGAUUUCCUACAUAUCCAGUGGACAUUCGGAGCCGCCCUCAGCCGUCAAGUUGAAGGAUAAACUCUCCGCGGUAACCACUGUGAGCACAACCACCGAGGCACCACAAGGUGUUUCCAUAGAGGAACAGGACGCGGAGGAGGACGAGGAGCUGCAAGAGGAAGAAGAAGAAGAAGCCGACGAGGACCUCAGUGACGAGGUGCUGCACGUGUUGCAGGAUGUGGGCGUCAGCGAUGCCCUGGCCUAUGUGGCCUCUUUGCUCUACGACGCCGAGGAGCCGAGAAAGUCCAGCACUACUAUUUACCUUGACAAGUUGCCAAUUCACAGCAGUUCAAAGACUUCCGCAAAACGUGCCAGGAUUGUUUCCAGCUACCCAACUGCCCCCUCGCCUGCCCACGGAGGUGGACGCUUCUCUUGCCUCGUGGAGGCUUUUCAGCCCACGUGCAGUUGCGGCUGGAGCCGCAUCCCCCGGAUUGCCAGUCCCACCAACGAGGAGGCCGUCCUGCACGAGUUUCCGCCAAUGGCCGGUGUCUUGACCAAAGUCCACGGAAAGGUCUUUUGCGGCGCUGCGAUCAUUCAUCACCACUAUUUGCUGUCGGCCGCCCACUGUUUCCAGGGUCCGGAGACGAACACUGCUGCCAAGUUGCGGGUGGUGGUGGGUGAGCACGACUUGGCCAGCUCCUUCGAGACGUUCGCCACCCGGCGCUACGACCUGGACGCCCUCAUUCUGCACGAGGACUUUAGCCAGGCAAGUGGACAGCCGAGGAACGAUAUCGCAUUGCUGAAGACGCGAACGUCGAUCGUGUGGAGCCAUCAUGUGGGUCCCGCCUGCCUGCCACUGCAGCCGGCGGAGGAUGGCCGGAAACUGCCGCUGGCGGGUCACCAGGUGGUGGCCGCCGGGUGGGGAACCACUUCCUACGGCGGUCCACAGACCCACCGCCUGCUCAAGGCCACCUUGGAUGUGAUCGAUGGUAAGCGCUGCAGGCAGGCCUUGAGCUCCGCCGGCGGAGUACCGCCGCACACUUUCUGCACAUACACGCCCGGGCGGGACACCUGCCAGUAUGACUCGGGAGGAGCUCUCUACGAGCGGAUCAACGGACGCCUGGUGGCCGUGGGCAUCGUCAGUUUUGGCCAGGCCUGCGCCGCCCAGCAGCCAUCGGUCAACACUCGCGUCGCCUCCUUCAUCAAGUGGAUCCGGAUCAAAAGCCCCGAGGUGGCCUAUUGUCCUGGCCGAACAUAAGACCAGCAACUACUCUGAUUUAUGUGUAUGUACAGGGCUAAGAAGUUUGUUAUGUGGAAAACAAAAAUGUUGAUUAAUGGGUAAUCGAGGGGGUUGUAAAGAAAAAUAUCUUAUACCAUUAUCUGCGAGGUGAAUGGAUGAAUGAAUGGAGCUUCUAGCACUGUGAAACUUUUGAGUUUAACAGAUUUCGAUAAUUCAUAGUGUAAUUUAAAUGUAACACAUCAAGUUAUAACUCCUGGUAAAUUGUCUAAAUACUUAUUUUUUAUGUAAUAUUAAACGAUGUUGGAACUUUUUUGG